CAGCUACAGGAGCAGCUACAGCUACAGGAGCUGUCAGCCAUUGCGGCGAAUAAUUAUGCUCAAACGCAACGCGUGCAUUAUCCCAACCAUUACUAUCCGAACCAUUACCAUUACCAGCAACAGGGGCGACCGCUGCUGGCCGCCGGCAGCAGCCACAACGGUGCUUAUGCAGGCACUGCAUCAUCCAGCGGACAUUCCGGCUAUGGCGGCAUCGAGCCAUCGGUGGAGUACGAAUUGCAGCAGACGCCACCCUCGGGCAGCUUCUCCUCGUAUCACGCCAGUGCUGGCAGUGCGCCCGCACAUCCGCCCGCACAUCCGCCCCAUCCGCCUCAUCCUCCCCCGAAGGCACCGCCACCAACGAGGAGCUCGGGCAAGAAAUCGAAGAAGAGCUCCGGCACGGUGAUGUCCGCGCUGACGCUUCUCUCGUUCUUCUUCUUUCUGAAUCUGCUGCAGAACUGCAUCAAGGAUCACAUGUCCGAUAUGAAUCCCACCGUUAUGGUGCUCACGGACAACGGCGGUCGCAAUCGUUUCAAUAAAUUAGCCGAGAUGAACUCACGCGAACAAACCUCAUCGCCGACCCCAUCUUGGCAGCAGGCAGCCUUAGUACCCCUGCCCGAAACCGCGCCCGGACGACCCUACCCCGCCUCCAGUCCGUCGCCCGUUAUUGUUACGCCCACGGUGGUGCUGCAGUCGCCAUAUAGCGGCGCUGCUGCUGCUGCCGUGGUGACUAAUAAGCCCCAGUAUCACCAGCAGCAGCAACAGCACCACCAUCCUCACCAACAUCACGAUAAUCACAAUCCAGCAACGGACUCACAUCAUUAUCCACCACCCUCCAAUGCUGAUAAUGAUGAUGAUGUUGUUGAUGAUGUUUAUAAUUACGGGAAUCGGAGACCACGACCCCCACACCACCACCACCACCACCACCCAGAAACGACCGCCGCGGACUUCUAUCCUAAUCGCACAACACACAUUGACCACUCGUCCCGUCCCGACUUUGACUCCGAUUCAGAUUCCGAUUACUAUCAGCACCACUACUACCCCGAAAGGCAUCGCUACUCGGACUCCCGCCGCCACAGCAAUCCCAGCAAUCCCAGCAAUCCACGGCGUCCUUGGUCUUAUGGCAGCAGCAGCACCAGCAGCAGGCAACGCUACUCAUCCGCACCGUGGUCUUCAGCUUCGUUGGGCGCUCAGUCGGGCGUGAGCUCUUACUUGGAUAAUGCCCAGCGACGUCAAGGUGAUGAUGAUGCUGCUGCUGCUGACCAUGGCUAUGAUGAUGACGAUGACGAUGGUCGGCAUCGGCGACGCGGUGAUGCUUUCUAUACACGCAUUAAUUGA